GGAGCGGCUGCCCCCGAACAUGGCGGCGGCGCAGCAGCUACUAACAGAAACCUCCGCCGUCGCCGCUCCUCCCCUGCCAAGCGGAGGCGGGAGUGGCAGCGUCGGGGGCUCCGGCUCCGUGCCGGUGCUUUUCUGCUUCUCGGUGUUCGCCAGGCCUUCGACGGUACCGCACGGCUCCGGCUACGAGGCGCUGAUCCAGAAGUUCCUGAGCCUCUACGGCGACCAGCUCGACAUGCACCGUAAGUUCGUGGUGCAGCUCUUCUCCGAGGAGUGGAGCCAAUAUAUCGACCUACCCAAGGGCUUCCUGGUGAGCGAGCGCUGCAAGGUGCGCCUCGUGCCGCUGCAGAUACAGCUAACUACAUUGGGAAAUCUCACACCUUCAAGCACUGUGUUUUUCUGUUGUGAUAUGCAAGAGAGAUUCAGACCAGCUAUCAAGUAUUUUGGAGAUAUCAUCAGUGUAGGCCAACGAUUGCUUCAAGGUGCACGGAUUUUAGGUAUCCCAGUUAUCGUUACAGAACAGUAUCCUAAAGGCCUUGGAAGCACAGUGCAAGAAAUUGACUUAACUGGAGCUAAACUUGUCUUGCCCAAAACCAAGUUUUCUAUGGUAUUGCCUGAAGUUGAGGCUGCAAUAGCGGAGAUUCCUGGAGUCCGCAGUGUUGUUUUAUUUGGAGUAGAAACCCAUGUUUGCAUCCAACAGACAGCAUUGGAAUUAGUUGGCAGAGGUCUGGAAGUUCACAUUGUGGCUGACGCAACCUCUUCAAGAAGCAUGAUGGACAGAAUGUUUGCCUUGGAGCGUCUUGCUCGCACUGGGAUUAUUGUUACCACUAGUGAAGCUAUAUUGCUGCAGCUGAUAGCUGACAAAGACCAUCCCAAAUUCAAAGAAAUACAGAACCUCAUUAAGGCAAGUGCUCCAGAGUCGGGGCUUCUUUCCAAAGUAUAAAGAAGACAUUCUUGAAAGAACCUUGGCAAUGGAGAGUUUAAGCUGUAACUACACAAUCAUUCUCUCACUUACACACACUCUCUUUUACACACACAGACACACCUUCUACAAAUUGAUGUCUUUGUGCUUGCCUUAGCAGAAUAUGUUUGGUUAUGCUGUCCAGGUGCCAGUGAAUUAUGUUAGCCACAGCUAAGGCUUUGGGCACUGUAGGAUCAUUUUGUUGUCAGAACAAACUAUAAAAACAGAGGUGCCUGUCUGUCUGUCUGUACUGUACCCACUGAUUGUAACACAGCUCCAAAAAAUAAAAGUGAAUAUUUUUGUGAAACCUCUCUUGAUUGUACAAAUGUACUGUAGUAUUGUUUUACUUUUUGUAUUAAUAAUGCAAUAUGACAUAGAUAUAUGUGAUAUAAUGUUUUAGCAUUCUAUAUUAUUUCAAAUAAAAUAGAAUAUAUACACUUUGGGAGAAAUGACUCCUUUUUCAAUAGAGAAACAAGCUGGAGGAAGAAGCAGUAUUGAUGCAUUACUGUUGAUAGCUUAGCUAGGCUGAUUCUCGAUUAUUCAAGACUUUAUUACUGUAUGCUGCUCCAAAGUCCUUUACUGGAAAGUUCUAACUGGAAAGUGACUACAGGUUAAUGUCCACUUUAAAAUCACAACCAAUUAUGUCACUUUGUUAAUGGGAGUAUAUAAAUGAUUGAUGACACUGAAAUGGAAGAUCUUCAUUCACUUGUAGACAGUUCAUAAGAAGAUAGUCAAGCUCCUCAUUUCGAAGUACAAAAAUAACUUUUUUCUGGAUGUGUUGGGGGAUUUAUUUUUAAUCCCUGUAUGUUUAGAUUUAAUGAACUCCAUCUGGCUCCUGCAUUAGUUCAAGCAAGCUUUGGGUGAAAAUCAGCUUCUUCAGUUUUAUGCAGGAUUCUGCAAUAUAGAUACAAAACAGUCUUUAAAAAGAGUCUGCUGUAAUAGCAUAUUUUGGAAAGGGCAUCUGUCAUUUGAUGCAGUAUUUUAUAGCUGGAAAUAGAAUAGCAGUGCUCUUAUUACAGCCCAAUUAAUUCAUGUUAUAACUGAUUGAAAUUGUUCUAACAUGUGUGUGGCUUUAUAGGAAGAAAUUUUGCAAUAUGAUACACAAUACUAAUUGUGUUUAUUUUUAAAACAAUAGAAAUGCAUUGUUAGAAAUUUCUCAAAUUUUUCACAAACCCUAGCUCUAAAAAGUAUCUUCAUAUGUUUAAA